CACUUUUUGUAAAGCGAAUCCUUAGGGCAUGCCACAACUGCUCCCUUCGCUGCAUCACUCUCCUUCUCCGACUCGGCAUGUGGAAUGUUUUGAAAGAGGGUUCUGAUUUACCCGAUAACUGUUAAACGUACAUGAUCGCGAUUGCUCGGGAACACAAAGGUGAUUGUUGACUCACUCAUUUGUGCUUGAAGCUAAGAGGCAUUUCAAAAAUGGCACCUACCAUCAGGAAGCGCCCAAUCGCACACCAAGAUGAAUCCCUUGAUGUGUGCAAUGAGGAUAAUAGGAGGGCUCUGAGGGAUCCUGAAGCCCUUGUACAUGCGGCCACACGGCUACUCAAGGAUUUUACCAACGGACCAUCUGUGUAUGCUGGACAAGCACAUUCGGGAAGUAAGUUUGAUCAGUUCUGCCGCCUGCAUCCCCCUAUGUUCAACGGCAAAGCUGAUGUUAUGGAGUCCGAUAACUGGAUAAGCAGGUUGGAGAAGAUUUUUUGGGCCAUCGACUGCACCGAGGAGCAGAUGGUUGAAUUUGCCAUGUACAAUCUGGCCGAUGUGGCUGAUGUGUGGUGGGUCUCCACCAGAAAGCUGAUAAAGCAAGAGCUUGGUGAAGAAACCCCAAUUACCUGGACACGAUUUAAGCAGGUAUUCAGGGACCAAUUCUUCCCUGAGGUCUUUAGAGAGGCCAAGGCCCGAGAGUUUGCUGAUUUGAGACAAGGCGAUAUGUCAGUUCAUCAAUAUGCAUUAAAGUUCAUUGAACUUUCACACUUUGCCCCCUAUCUGAUCCCAGACGAGUCACGGAAGGCUCAGAAAUUUGAGAGAGGACUGCAUCCACAAAUUCUUGAUAGAUUAAUCGCACCGGAGUUAAGGAAUUUUAAUGCGUUAGUGGACAGGGCAAUGAUCGUAGAGGAGUAUCUGCAGUCGAGAGAGGCAAGAAUUUUUCUUUAAAUCACAUUUUUGGUAGUCCUAGCAGUCAAGUAUGGACAGACAAUCUUAUUUUGCUUGCUUAUUAAAAAAAAAAAAACAGAAAGUAUGGACAGACAAUCUGAGUUGCAGUAGUAAUGAAUGUGCCUAUAAGCAGUUUUGUGUUCUGAAAUUAGCUAAAUGUAAUAAUGUAAUCAACAUGGAAAUUGUUUUGAUACCUUGCUGACCGGGCUAUUAAGCUAUGAUCAUCGGCAGUGCACAACCAUCAAGCCGAUUGCAUACCGUGAUGACGGUCAUGCGGUGGAGGAAAGUCCUGCAGGGGCGACCUGAGAACACAUUUACUGGACAAAUGAACACAAGCAGAAAGGGUGUCAUGUCAAUAAUAAGAAUGCCCACAUGCAUGUAAUCUCAUGUUGCCCCUGUAAGGCUCAUCCACCUUUAGUUUACAGGACUUUCUUGCCUCUUUCCCAACAAUUUGGUGAUGUCAAUGGAGAAAGAUAUUCCAUGUUAUAUAGCCACAGCAACACUUUUAAUGUUAAAAUUUGGUUUGUUUGGAGGAAUUAGAGUUUGGCGGGAAAAAGAUGAUGAGGGGAGAUGUAGAGGAAGUGAUAUUACUUCAACCCAUCAAUGAGAUACGUAAUGUUUACUCUA